AUGCCACCACAUCUACAUCCUCGGUCGCGGUCAACGACCGGCCUAUUCGCCGGCACCCUCCUCGCAGGUCUCCUGGUGGUCGGCAUGCCGCAUGUCUUCCCCUGUCCUUCCCCACGACGCACCUUCGCCGACUCAGAGAUGGUCCUCACAGCCGAUGGACAACAAGUACCACGGGUCCGUCGGAGACGCCGCAAGGAUGCCGAAAUGGUCCCAGAAGGCAGUCUACCGGGUCACCCGACACCCGCCGGCUCUGUGGACGAUGAGGUCUCAACGUUCCUCCAAAUGGAGGAGGAAGCAGAGACUCUCUCCCAUAUCAACCGAGAAUGCCCUGUUCCCAAACCCAAAGGAGUUCUAGGGGAAUUGCUUGGGUUCCGCAAUGUUCAAGUGGACACCCAGCACCAGGCGAGCGGCCUGUCUAACGGAGAUCGAUAA